CUUCUUCAACCUUCUAGUUUCUGGAGGGGCACCUUCAACCUGGUCCGUGGUGCACUGGCAGUGGCUCCAUUUGUUAGAAAAAAAGGAAGUAGUAAUAACACUUUGAUAUAGACACAAUGUCCUUCCUGACUAUCAGCAGGCUAGCGCCUAAACUUCUCAAUUCAAAGAAUGCCACGUACUUAUUUGUGGCAGCUAGGAAUGCCACUGCAUCAACCACAAAUCUGAAGGAUGUGUUGGCAGACCUCAUCCCAAAAGAACAGACCAGGAUUAAGAAUUUUAAACAACAGUAUGGCAAAACAAACAUAGGUCAGAUUACUGUUGACAUGGUCUAUGGUGGAAUGAGAGGGAUGAAGGGGCUGGUAUAUGAAACAUCUGUGUUGGAUCCAGAUGAGGGCAUCCGUUUCAGAGGCUACAGCAUUCCAGAGUGUCAGAAGUUGCUGCCUAAAGCUCCAGGAGGUGCGGAGCCGCUGCCUGAAGGCCUCUUUUGGCUGCUGGUAACGGGACAAGUCCCAACGGAGGAGCAGGUAAACUGGGUGUCCAAAGAGUGGGCGAAGAGAGCAGCACUCCCCUCUCACGUUGUCACCAUGUUGGAUAACUUCCCCACAAACCUGCACCCCAUGUCGCAGUUCAGUGCCGCCAUCACGGCUCUGAACAGCGAGAGCAGCUUUGCCCGGGCGUACUCUGAGGGAGUGCACAAGUCCAAGUACUGGGAGUUCGUCUAUGAAGACUCCAUGGACUUGAUUGCCAAGCUGCCAUGCAUCGCUGCUAAGAUCUACCGCAACCUUUACCGUGAAGGCAGCAGCAUCGGGGCCAUCGACUCCAACCUGGACUGGUCCCACAAUUUCACCAACAUGCUGGGCUACAGUGACGUCCAGUUCACCGAGCUAAUGAGGCUCUACCUCACCAUCCACAGUGAUCAUGAAGGAGGCAACGUCAGCGCCCACACCAGCCACCUAGUAGGGAGCGCCCUGUCCGAUCCCUACCUGUCCUUCAGCGCAGCUAUGAACGGUCUGGCCGGUCCGCUCCACGGCCUGGCCAAUCAGGAAGUGCUGGUGUGGCUGACGGCCCUGCAGAAGGAGCUCGGAGGAGAAGUAUCUGAUGAGAGGAUGAGGGAUUAUAUCUGGAACACACUCAAGUCUGGCAGGGUGGUUCCAGGCUACGGUCAUGCUGUCCUAAGAAAGACUGACCCGCGUUACACCUGCCAGCGCGAGUUUGCCCUGAAGCAUCUGCCCAAUGACCCCAUGUUCAAGCUGGUUGCGCAGCUUUACAAGAUUGUACCCAAUGUGCUGCUGGAGCAGGGGAAAGCCAAGAACCCCUGGCCCAACGUGGAUGCUCACAGUGGAGUCCUUCUGCAGUACUACGGGAUGACGGAGAUGAACUACUACACCGUCCUCUUCGGUGUGUCCCGCGCUCUCGGCGUCCUCGCCCAGCUGGUGUGGAGCAGAGCCCUCGGCUUCCCCUUGGAGCGCCCCAAGUCCAUGAGCACGGAUGGACUGAUGUCUCUGGUCGGAACCAAAUCGGGCUGAAGCGACGCCUCAGAGGAGCUGAGGGUUGGCAGGAAGAGUGAGACCAGGCGGAAACAUCGAAAGGCAGACACCAGUUGACCCCUUUUGUCAUUUCCAACCCCAGGGAUUUAGUGGGAUUCAAAGAGACAGUACGCUUUUAAUGGUAUUUCGCUAAAGAAGGGCCU